CCGACGUAAGCAUCGAACCAGUAUCGGAGACUAUCUCGUUCCUUCUGCUCCAGCCUGAGAGGAUUGAGGCGGUGAAUACUGCCAGAUUGAAGUCAACCCCGAGUCUGUUAGGCCGUUGGCCUCAAUCAACAUGUCUCAAACAAUCGGCCAGACCCGCCUCGCAUAUGCUCGCUCAUGGCACCUUAUCGACAUCGGCUCCGACCCGCGCUCCCUCGGCCGCGUCGCAUCCUCGAUCGCACUCAUCCUCAUGGGUAAACAUAAACCCAUCUUUGAUCCCUCGACCGACUGCGGAGACUAUGUCGUAGCCAUUGACUGUGCAAAUCUCCACACAACUGGCAAAAAGCGCUUUCAGAAACUAUACCGCACACACACGACACGACCCGGUAGUCUAAAAGAAAUUAGCAUGGAUCGGCUGAUGGCAAAAUGGGGUGGAGGCGAGGUGCUGAGAAAGGCUGUAAGUGGGAUGUUGCCGAAGAAUAAGUUGCGGAAGGAGAGGUUGGCGCGGUUGAAGACUUUUGAGGGGAGGGCGCAUCCGCAUAAGGAUAAUAUUUUGAAGGUGGGGUUGGGUGGAGGUGCGAGUAUAAUAGACAACCCGAUAGUUAAGAAGAGGCUGAGGGAGGUAAAGGAGGUACAAGAGGUAUCUCCUUCAUGAUAUAUUUGAUGUUGAGCAAGGAAGUGGAGAGACCCUGUCAAGAUAUGUAUUCAUAGAUGGCAUGCGGAGUGGCUGACAUGCUCGCAUUCGAGUUAAUGUAGCAUAUGUGAAACGUGCAUUUCACACCAUUCCCAAGCAAGGUCACUUGAGAAGCAUGCAGGUUUAAUGGGUUCUUUAUGACAAACUUUGUUCGGCAGGCAAGGUCUAUAAAAUGAAGAACCUAUACGAUUGUGGGGGAGGCCCUCAGAUAGCGAGGGUAAAUGCUAGUUUUGCUACAU